CAAAGUAGAAGGAUCGUUAAUCUGACUUUGAACCGUAUCUGGAAUUAUCUGUGCAACAAAAAAAUGUCUGAAAUUGAGAUAUACAACGACUCGAUCCAGUUCGUGUGCGAUCUGUGCUCGCUGAGGUACUCCACGUUCGAGAUAUUGAUGACUCACAACCGGAUCAAGCACUACCAUUCGAUACGGUUUCGGUGUGGGUACUGCAAGGAGGCUUUCAUGAACGAGGAUGACCUGCAUUGCCACUUUAUCCUUACCCAUCGCGUGGAUCCCUACAAUUUGGAGAGCAGUCAAAUGGUUCGGUACAAAAAAUCGAUCCACCAAACAGUUCUGUCCGAGGACGAAAAGCGGCACAUUAUGAGGCGAUGUGACAGCCAGAGCGAUGAUGAUUACUCGGAAGAGGAGCAGGAAGACCAGAAUGGGUUCACCAUCGGUCACGAGAGUCCGGUUGAGUCCGACGAGGAGGAUGAGUUGGAGCUGGACUACAAUAAGUUGUUCAAGAAGCGAAAACAAAGUGCUAUGACACAGGAGGAAAUCCUGGAGCUGACGGAUGUGUUUAGAAAACCUGCGGAAACUAGAUGUAUUUCGAAAAUGCAUCUCUGAUUGGUCAAACACUCUGAGGAGGAGAAGAAUCUUCUGAUAUGUUUUGAAUGUUAUCUCAACUAGUACAGAACAGUGUUAAUUGAGUUCUGUCUCGAGUGUCACAAGAUCUGUGACAACUGUGACUCCAAGAAAAGAAGAAUGUCGUGUUCUUGAAAUCAACUUAUGCCGCAUGGUUAGGUUUGAAGUGAUAAUCCAUUUUUAGGAUAACAAGGCUUUGUU